AUGCCUUCCUAUCCAAGCAUCACCUUCGGAGUCGAGCUAGAACUCAUGACCCCCUUCCCCGAGUCCUACCGCAUGUGGCGCUACAUCUCCCCCUCAGCAGCCUCACGAUUCAACAUGGCAGAUCUGCUUGCAAAGCGAACGUCCCUACCCAUCGCAGCGCAGUGUACUCAUGCUCCAGAUGACAGAUGCGUCAUUUGCACCACAGUCCCCAAGGAGAACCAAUUCAGUGGCGACUGCGUACUUCAGUUCCCUGACGUACUGUCUUAUGGAGAGGUCGUCUCGGAUCGUUGUUUCAUUUUCAAGUCUGAGUUUCUUGAAUUCGCUCAUCCGUUGAGUAUAAAACGAAGCUGGGAUGGCGUGGAAUUAACAACCCCUGUUUUUCACUCUGGUGAGUUGGACUCUGGACUUCCUACUAUGAACACUGCUCUAACGAACCUUCGACAGCUGGGUCUUCAAAUCUCUGCCGAUGAUUCCUGCGGUAUGCAUGUUCACGUUGGUGUCGAAACAGGUAUGACCAUUCUUCUCGCCCAAAAGAUCACCACCCUCGUGAUCCUUCUCGAGAACACUCUUCUUCUACGUCUCGUCGCGCCUCCAAGAUGGAAAAGUGGUUUUUCCAUGCCAAUCUGCGAAAACUCAUCUUUAGCAACAGACAUGGACCUCCACAGCCCCCUUGAAGACCCCACUGCACUCAAUCAACAUGUUCCUGACAUAGGAACCAUGAAACCAGGUAAGUGGAACAAUUGGUACCCCAAGAGCAUCUACAAGAUGUUCAACGGCGUGUGGGGCAGCACAAUCCUCGCCGAUUUAAGUCUACGACUCAAAAAAGCACGUGUUCUGCGCUGCGGCUUCGCUAUGUCUUUACGAGAUCACAAUAUGACGUUUGAUCAUGGGCUUUUGCGAAACUGGACUGAGAUUCUGUCGGGGAUUGUUGUUAUUGCGCAGGGUGAUGCAGAGAAGUUUAAGAGGUGUGUUGAGAAGAUUAUCAAGAUCAAUGGGGAGGAUGAUAAGGAUGUUUGGAAGGGUUUGAUGACGGAUGUUCUUGGGCUGGGACAUCGUAUUCCGCAGUGGGAGACGCAGUUUGAGCGUUUUGAGAGGGGUGAGUUUGUUUCUCAUCUUGAUGAUCAGCUUCUUCUCAAGUCUAUUUAA